AAGGCUCAGAACGGCCAGGCCAGCAGUAUCUCUCCUCAGACGCCAGGCGGAUCCAGGCGAGGAUGGGCAGCCCAGUGCACCGAGUGUCAAUGGGGGAUACCUGGAGCAGGCAAGUGCACCCCGACAUAGAGAGCGAGAGGUACAAGCAGUCCUUCGAUGUGGAGCGGCUCACCAACAUCCUUGAUGGAGGGGCCCAGAACACUGCACUCCGGAGGAAAGUCGAGAACAUCAUCCACAAUGACCCAGCGUUUAGCCUCAAAGAUAAUUAUUUCCUGACCCAAAAUGAAUGCUAUGAGGCCGCCGUUCAGAAGAAAUUCCACUACCAGAUGACAGCACAGCGCCUGGGCUGGGCAGAAGACGGUCCUGAACUAUAUUACGCUUACAGAGCCCUUUCUGGAAAUCUGGCCUUCAGUUUACACAACAUCUUCCUAAAAGCCCUCAGGAGCCUGGGCUCGGAGGAGCAGAUUGCCAAAUGGGUCCCGCUCUGCCACAGGUUCCAGAUCAUCGCAACAUACGCCCAGACGGAAUUGGGACAUGGGACAUAUCUUCCGGGCCUGGAGACUGAAGCCACCUACGAUGCAGCCACCCAGGAGUUUGUGGUGCACAGCCCCACGAUGACUGCCACCAAAUGGUGGCCUGGGGACCUGGGACAGUCAGCUACCCAUGCCCUGGUCCAGGCCCAGCUGAUCUGCUCGGGAGCCCGGCAGGGCAUGCAUGCCUUUAUUGUGCCCAUCCGGAGCCUCCAGGACCACAGCCCACUGCCAGGAAUCACUGUUGGAAACAUUGGGCCCAAGAUGGACCUCAACCACAUAGAUAACGGCUUCCUGCGACUGGACCACGUGCGGGUCCCCAGGGAGAACAUGCUCAGUCGCUUUGCACAGGUCUUGCCCGAUGGCACCUACAUCAAGCUCGGAACAGCACAGAGCAACUAUCUUUCCAUGGUGGUGAUGCGGGUGGAGAUGCUAUCGGACGUCAUCUGCACGCUGCAGAAGGCUUGCGUCAUCGCCAUUCGCUACUCUGUCAUACGCCGCCAAUCCCGGCUCCGGCCCAGCGAGCCAGAGGCAAAAAUCCUAGACCACCAGACGCAGCAGCAGAAACUCCUUCCUCAGCUGGCCACGGCCUAUGCCUUCCAUUUCCUGGCGAGAAGCCUCUUGGAAUUCUUCCAUCGCUCUCACGACGCCAUUCUGGACAGAGACUUCAGCCUCCUGCCUGAGCUUCAUGCACUGGGUGCAGGUACGAAGGCCAUGGUGUCGGACUUCUGCACCCACGGGGCUGAGCUGUGCCGCAGGGCCUGUGGCGGACACGGCUACUCAAAGCUGAGCGGCCUGCCAUCUCUGGUCACCAAAGUGACAGCCUCCUGCACCUUCGAGGGUGAGAACACGGUGCUCUACCUGCAGGUGGCCAGGUUUUUGGUGAAGAGCUACCAGCAGGCUCAGGCAUCCUCAGGCCCCACAUCGCAGAGGUCUCUCCCUCAGUCUGUUGCAUACCUGACUGCACCCUACCUGGCCAAGUGUCCGGCCCAGAGGGCAGCUGACUUCCUCCACCCAGAGCUCUACACCAAGGCCUGGGCACACGUGGCAGCCAGGCUCACAAAGGACUCAGUGCAUCACAUACAGAUUCUGAUGCGAUCCGGGGCUGACGAGCACGAGGCCUGGAACAGGACCACUGUCAUCCACCUCCAGGCUGCUAAGGCACACUGCUACUAUGUCGCUGUAAAGAGUUUUACAGAAGCUCUGGAGAAACUAGAAAGUGAACCAGCAGUUCAGCAGGCGCUCAAACGCCUCUGUGAUCUCUAUGCUCUACACGGCAUCCUGACUAACGCGGGUGACUUUCUCCACGAUGGCUUCCUGUCUGGGGCCCAAAUAGACAUGGCGAGAACGGCCUAUCUGGACCUGCUCCUCCUCGUCAGGAAGGAUGCCAUCUUGUUAACUGAUGCUUUUGACUUCACGGAUCAGUCCUUAAAUUCAGCACUUGGCUGUUACGAUGGAAAUGUCUAUGAACGUCUGUUCCAUUGGGCUCAGGAGUCACCAAGCAAUACUCAGGGGAACCCUGCCUAUGAGAAAUAUAUAAGACCACUACUGCAAAGCUGGAAAUCCAAGUUGUGAAAUAAUCAAGCAUUCAAGAGGCACCACUACGUGAUAAUGGCACUAUGGCAUAUAGAUCAUUAAAAUUUAAAAGUACAUAUGUGUGUAUUUUUAAAAAAGAGUCAUUAUCUUUUAGAGAGACAGUCUGAAGUGGAUGAAAUAUCUGUGAUUUACUUCAAAAUAAUCCAUUGGAGGAACGAGGGAGAAUAAAUAGUUAAAGUUGGUCAAUGGGCACACAAGUGGUUACACUAUUCUCUAUU